AUGCUGCGCGUCAUCUCCACUGCCCGCCAUUGCACGCGAUUCCUCGCGAGCUCGAGCUCGACCUCCCGCCUCACGCCCGAGCUGAAAUCGAAGAUCGAGUCGAUUGUGAAGGCGGAUCCGGUGGUCGUCUUCAUGAAGGGCACCCAAAAAGAGCCCAUGUGCGGCUUCAGCAAAAACGUGAAGCUCGUGCUCGACUUCCACGACGUCAAAUUCAAGGACUACAACGUGCUAGAGGAUCAAGAACUUCGUGAAGGGAUCAAGGAGUACUCGGAAUGGCCGACGAUUCCUCAAGUCUACGUGCGGGCCGAAUUCGUUGGAGGGUGCGACAUUCUCGUGCAAAUGCAUAAAGAUGGGGAGAUCAGCGCGUUUUUGGACGAGAAGCAGAUUGCGAACAAGCACGGCGACGUCAAGGAGACGAAA